AUGUCUAACGAACGCGAAAACCAGGUUUACAUGGCUAAGCUCGCUGAGCAAGCCGAACGUUAUGAUGAAAUGGUUUCCUAUAUGAAAGAUGUUGCCAAGCUUGGUGUAGAGCUUACUGUUGAAGAACGCAACCUUCUUUCAGUGGCUUACAAGAAUGUCAUUGGUGCCCGUCGUGCUUCUUGGAGGAUUAUUUCAUCCAUUGAACAAAAAGAAGAGAGUAAAGGCAAUGAGACCCAGGUCCAAAAGAUUAAAUCGUACCGCCAGAAGGUUGAAGCCGAACUCUCCGAAGUCUGCUCGGAUAUCCUUGCCGUUUUAGACGAACAUUUGAUUCCAUCUGCUGAGGCCGGCGAAUCAAAAGUUUUCUAUUAUAAAAUGAAAGGCGAUUAUCAUCGAUAUCUCGCUGAAUUUGCAUCCGGCGAGAGGCGAAAAGAAGCUGCCACCCAGGCGCACGAGGCUUAUAAGCAUGCGACAGAAAUUGCUCAGACUGACCUUGCCCCAACUCAUCCAAUUCGUCUUGGACUUGCGUUAAACUUUUCUGUCUUUUACUAUGAAAUCCUUAAUUCUCCCGAUCGUGCUUGCCAUCUUGCCAAGCAAGCAUUUGAUGAUGCCAUUGCAGAACUUGACACUCUAAGUGAAGAGUCGUAUAAGGACAGUACAUUGAUCAUGCAGUUGCUAAGGGAUAAUCUAACCCUUUGGACUUCCGAUUUGCAAGAUGACGCAGAUAAGCCGGAAGAGCCUAAAGCAGAAGUUGAAACAGAAGAAGCCAAGUAA